AUGGCUCAGAAUUGCUUGACCGGCGCUUGCCUCUGCAAGAACAUAGCAUACCGUAUUACGUUGCCCGCGUCAGAAUCACCCCCUAAGGUGAUCAUCUGUCACUACACCAAUUGCAAACGCUAUACGGGCUCCAGCUUCUCUGCCAAUAUCAUCGUGCCACAAUCUAGUUUGCAGCACAUCAAGGGGUCACCCAAGUUGUAUUCGGAUCGUAGCAACAAGGACACGCAGGUAUUGCGCGAGCUCUGCCCUGAUUGCGGUACGCCAUUCACAUCACGAUCAAGCGAUGAUCAAGAAGUCAUUGCGGUGAAGUCGAGGACACUCGAUGAAGAACACCGACUUAACUGUGCGAAGUUGGCAAUGGAAAUCUACUACCAUCGAAAGGAUAAAUGGGUGGACGAGAUCCCUCCUGCUUCUGCCCUAACAGCGAGUUCACCAGCGAAGUCAGUUCCUGCAUCCAAGCCUAGUGUGCCUCCAAGUCCGAUCCAAUCCGCCCUCUCCUACUUCACCGGCUAUCAGCGAGCUUCUGAGGGUUGGCUCGAGAAAGUCAAUCGCGCCUUCCUUAUAUCGACCAGGUCGCACUUUCCAUUAAUUUAUAAUUUCUUUGCGCAGAAAUGUGUGCCGGUGACCGGCAAUCUCUCAGCGAUUGUCGGUAGUGCCAUCGCCGUUGCAACGUGGAGGGCUAAGCUCGCAGAAGACCGAGCUAAAGCCAAAGAGACAGACAAUCCCCCUCCACACGGAGUGAAGUAA